AUGUUGACACAAGAGUCUUUCCUCACCACGAGGGGGGGAUGGAAGCUCGGAGACGGUGAUGAUGAGUAUGUUCCCUACGUUCAGGAUCUCCAGGACAAAUUUCUGGACAAGCAGUAUCUGGACACAUCUCCGUUUGAGAACAUUUCUGCCACUGAGUGUAUUCAUCGCUAUCAGAUGUCCUUCAUAAGGGCUGGCAACCUUGUCGCUGUGGUGGCAAAGAAUCACUCCGAGGGUUCAGACAGAACCGACAACAGCUCGCUCAAAUACUUCAAGAUGGACGUCACAGAGAUGUUUUUCGGCCCGAAAGUUAUUUCUGAUCUCUCGUACUGGUAG